GUCACUUCUGAAAACGGUGUUCCGUGACCAGUUUGUUUUUGGCCAUGGAUCGUAUCGUUCGUACUGUCAUGGCGGAUCAUAGUUGAACGAUCGUGAUGCAUACAGUCCGUACCGCUGCAAACCGAUUUUCUAAAUGAAGUUGUUAAAAUAAUAGGCGACAAAACGUCCGAGAUAGUGAGACAGUGAAUUUGUAGUGAUGUUGAAUUUGUCGCUGUAGACAAGCUUAUUUCCGGUAGAGAGUGCAAGAUGAGCAUCGCCGAAAUGACUUCUUCGCAAGAGAGACGAAGGUAUCCUUGUGAACAAUCCAUAGCGAGCGCAAGGGCAAGUGUGAUGAUAUACGAUGAUGUUAACAAAAAAUGGGUACCAUCGGGCACGUCGUCGGGCCUUUCCAAGGUUCACAUUUACCAGCAUGUCCAGCAUCAGACCUUUCGAGUUGUCGGUAGGAAACUUCAAGACCACGAGGUCGUAAUCAACUGUGCGAUUCUGAAAGGUCUGAAGUACAACCAAGCCACGUCGACGUUUCAUCAAUGGAGGGACAAUAAGCAGGUCUACGGCUUGAAUUUUAGUUCCAAAGAAGAUGCGGAUUGCUUUGCGAGGGCCAUGUUUCAUUCAUUAGAGAUCCUGAGCAACGUGGUCCGUCAACCUCAACCGCCACAACCGUCAGCAGCAUCGCCAUACGGCAGCGUGCCCCCUCAACCGCCGCCCCACCAACAACUUCACGGCCCUCCACAGCCCCCACAACCGCCCCAACCUCCGCAACCUCCGAUGCACCAACCGCAGCCCCCGAUGCAUCAGCAACCUCAAACGCAGUACGACGAGGACAUGGGGUACCGCACCAUGACCAGAGAGGACGUGGCCAUGUUGCAGGAGAGGAGGGUGUCGUCGAAUUUGGGGUCGCCGAUGGCCCCCCAGCAGCUGCAGGCGGCUGCGGGGGGUCCUCCACAACCGCCACCUAUCAUGGCCAGUCCCGGCGCGGGACCCCAAAUGCAGGCGGGCAACCACCACCAACAGCAACCUACCAUGAGCGGCCACACACGCACCGUUAGCGCCCCUCCCGCUCCCCCUCCGCCUCCCGGGCCGCCGCUCCCUCCCAUUCCAGGAGGCGGAGCUUCGCCAGCGGCAUCAGCCAAUCACGCGGCAGCAAAUCAGGCUGCGGCACCGCCCCCACCGCCACCGCCCCCGAUGAAUAUGUCGAGAUCGCAGAGCAGCGACGGUGGGGAGGUUAACUCGUUGGCCGCACAAUUGCAGAACGCCAGGCUCAAGAGGAAUAACAAGAACACGCCGCCUCCGACAGAAAACAGCGGUUCGUCAACGAGCAGCGGAGGCAGCAGUAAUUAUGGCACUUUAGGCAGAAGUGCUGGCAACAGCAUGGCGUCCAUGAUGGACGAGAUGGCGAAGACAUUGGCCAGGAGACGAGCACAGGUAGAGAAAAAGGUGCCGGACAAAGAGGAGGAAGACAAAAAGGCUGCCAUCUGGGAGAAAACGAACACACUGCCGGGAAACACGUCGAAAUUCAACGCGGAAUCGCCGAAAAGCGUACGAAAACGUUUCGGAUCGGCCUCGGAGGAGACGAUUCUGAAAGUGAACGGCCUAUCGGAAGGUAGCACGUUAUCCGUCGGACCAACUGAAUUGGACGCUCUCAAAAACGAGAUCGUCAAGGAAGUCAGGAAAGAAAUUAGCAAAAUGAAACAGGAUAUUAUAGAUGCAAUCAAAGCGGAACUGAAUCGAAGGUAAUUUAUAUAGGUAAAAAAAUGACCUUUUGAAAUAGACUUUUGUAUCGUUUUUACAUAUGAAUCAGAAUAAGUGACAAUUUUUAACACUUAAUGUAAGUAACUAUCGAUAUUCAUUACUUAUCGUAUCUAUCAUUUUGAAAUUUUACAUUUUAUUUCAAAGCGUUUCUUAGACAAAUUUAUGAGCGGCAUUUUGCAUUAUAAACCGUACGGGCAUUUAGAUGCUUUUUUUUAUUUCUGUGAAUAUGUUAAAAGAUAUUUAUUAAGUUAUUAAUUUAUAAAGGUUUAGUAUUUGCUGUAUUGCGAUUUUACUCGCAAAUGUGAAACAUGAUUUUUUCUAAGAAACACUCAGCGACUGACUGUAUUCUGUGCGUUGAUUUUCUUUCUUUGGGGAGCGGUAGUUGCCUAUACCUUUUAUAUAAACGAUUUUAGUCCGUUUUUCGAAACGAAGGAAAGAAAACGCACUAAAGAUGCAGUUAGUUGCCUAGAAACACUAUUUUGUAUUUGGUGGCGAAAAUAUACCGAAUUAAUUUUUUUAAUGUUUAAUCUCGACAUCAAUGUACAGAAAAUUCAAAGGUAAAGCUGGGAUCAGUUUAUGGAAAAAAUGUCAUCUUUCAUAUGAGUUGGAAAAGAAAACAGAAAAAAAUGGGGUAAUUACGUUCUUUUUUGAGAAGCAAGGAUUAAAAAUAUUGAAUAAACGGUUAAUGUUAAGCGCGACUUUGAAAACCUUGACAUUUUUUAAAUCGUUAAAAACUCAAAAUCAUUAAAAUUUUGAAAAAUAAGAAACUGAAAAUUCCAAAAUUCUAAAAAUUUGUCAUGAAAUUUGAAAACGAUAUAUUUAUAAAUCUAGAAAAGUUACAAAAUUUAAAAAAAUUGGAAAAACAAGAACAAUUUGAAAAAUUCUAAUAUUUAAAUUCUUGAUAAACCUCAAGAUCUUAAAAAAUUUGGAAAGUUCGACGAUUUUGAUAAUCCCAAAAAUUUGAGGACCUCGAAAAUUUUUAAAACCUUGAAAUUUUUUAAAAUCUUGAAAAACUUUAGAAUCUUGCACAUUUUGAGAAAUAA